AUGGCUUCUUCACAGGCCUCUUUGAUGGCAAACCUGCUGCCCACUAUCCUUUCUUCAACUCUCUCUCCAUCCAGAUCUAUCUCGUAUGCCUCUUCUUCCAUCAACGACUUCCUCACCACGACCUCGAAUUUCACUUCGGACGCUCCGCAUAACCAUGACGGAAAUAGUGGAGGAAAUAUGCACGAAUGGUCAUCCCUGAUCGGUAUCGUGACCGCUCUUUGUGGAAAUGUCUUGAUCUCCUUGGCCCUCAAUAUUCAACGCUAUGCGCAUAUCCGAAUCGCAAGGGAAUGGGAGCAGGACAAGAGUCAGAAGGAAGCCGAUUGGAGACGCACACAUUCCGGGUCAGAUACCGCGAACUCGAACGGAGCUGUUGGAAGCAAUGGAGCGCGCGACCAGUCGCGGGGGCGGUCCCGGGAACAAUACCGAGAUUCUGAGGAUAACUUCGAGCCUUACCGUGACGACGACACUGAACGGCGGGCCAGUACCUCAAGCUCGCGAGACAGCAAUGAUCCUGGAGAUAGCGGGAACCGCAAGUCAUAUCUCAAGUCGCCGUAUUGGUGGGUUGGAAUCGUCCUCAUGGUUGUGGGCGAGAUGGGCAAUUUCAUGGCCUAUGGUUUUGCGCCCGCUUCGAUUGUGUCACCGUUGGGAGUUGUGGCUCUGAUCUCGAAUUGCAUUAUUGCGCCAUGUUUGCUCAAAGAGAAGUUCCGCAAACGCGAUUUAUGGGGUGUGCUGAUCUCUGUUGCUGGGGCCGUCGUUGUCGUUCUGAGUGCCAAAUCGUCAGAAGAGCAAAUCGGACCCCAUGAGAUUUGGGUGAUGAUUACCCGUUGGGAGUUUGAACUCUACCUCGGGUUGACUAUUUCUUUGAUUGCUGGUCUGAUGUGGGCAAGUCACCAAUAUGGCUCUCGCUCUAUCCUCAUCGAUGUAGGGCUUGUGGCACUAUUUGGUGGGUAUACGGCCCUAUCUACCAAGGGUGUCUCUUCACUCCUGUCUGGCUCAUUAUGGCACAUCAUCACAUUCCCAAUCACCUACGUCCUCGUCUUUGUCCUCGUUUCCAGCGCGUUGAUGCAGAUUCGUUACAUAAACCGGGCCUUGCAGCGCUUCGAUUCUACGCAGGUGAUUCCCACGCAGUUUGUACUCUUCACUCUCGCUGUGAUCAUUGGAAGUGCGGUUCUUUACCGGGAUUUCGAAUCGAUAACAGCAACCCGUGCUACAAAGUUUGUCGGAGGUUGCUUGUUGACAUUCCUUGGCGUAUAUUUUAUCACCAGUGGUAGAGUUCGCGCUGACGACGAGUCGUCCUUCUCAUCUGAAGAUGAAGAGGGAUCGAUUGGUUUGUUGAACGGCGAAAGAUACCAUGAUAGGAUCGAUUUGUCCCCUCCCGGUCAUCAACUGCCGAAGGCUUCGCAUCUUGACAUGGACGGGCAAGACGGCACCGCCCAGUCACCUUCAGGAUCUUUAUUGAGCCACGGCAUUGAAGGGGUCGAUGACGACGAGUUGACUCCUAGAGGCGUCCUUUCUGCCGCACCUUCUUCGCCGCGGGGAUCACUCAUCCCAGAUUCCCCUAUUUCUCCUCCAUCCUUCGACCAUGCUUCGCCUUUGCGACCCCCAUCUCGCAUGUCUAACCCUUGGGCAGAAACCCAGGAAGUGGCUGUUGUAACUCCCGAAUCCGAGGACCAACUUUAUCGCCCUUCUACUCCAACACAACAUGAUAGUGAUUCAGCACAAGCUUCCACCGUUCUUCUCCGAUUUCCCCCUGCCCCUGGUCUGGAAGAAGCGUCAGGACACAAUGGCAGUGCUGGGACUGUGCGACGUGCUUCGACACCUACGCUGCUAACCCAGGCAAAUCAAAAUGGUCCCGAUCAGACACCUUUGGAGACACCUUCGCGUCGUGCUUUGCGCAGCUCCGUCUCACACCGCUUUUCGCCUGGGCCUCUUUUGCCCACGCUGUCCGGUGGUUUCAGUGCCGUCGUGGUUGACUCAAUUCGACGCGGAGAUGGCAGCCCUCUCAAGGACCGCACCAAGCGAAAAUUAGGACGUCGCCGUCAACUUGACGGUGCCUUCACUGAAGCUCUCCUGGUUGAUGGAUAUGGACCAGAGUCAUCACUCUCAAUUGCCACUGCUCGUCUCCACUCCGCCACAAAUUUCGUCGAUGCGCAUGCAGAGGCUGGCCGUUCUAACCCUGCCCUCGCAACAGACAUGUACCCCACGCAGGAGCCGGAUUCCAACAAAGACGUGACCCGUCUUCGCAGUUUCAGUGACUCGUGGAAUGGUGGACUUGCAUGGCUGGGGGGUUCUCUGCGUAAAAACAACAAAGCCACUGAUGGGGCUGCAACACAAGGAAUGCCAACUUCCCACGACGACGAGGGGCCGCCCGGUCCAAGAAAUGAGCCACGCCGUGAUACCGGCGCCGAAAAUGAAACUCGGCGAUAA